GGAAGCCCUCUGGCUCCUUCCCGCAGCGGCUCUUGAAGCUGUAAGAGGCUGAGGCCGCUGCUCCCAUCUUCUGAGGCUCAGCUCAACACAGAGCUACUUCUUCCAAAUUCUACAUCUUGGCGGACUUCGCGAAGGAAACCCGGAGGUGUCACGUGAGGUCGUGAUGGAGUUUGAAGAGGGCCUUAACGGAACAGCAGACAAGAACUUCUCAAAGAUGGGCAAAAAGAGUAAAAAGGAGAAGGAGAAGAAACCUGCUGUUGGCAUAUUCGGGAUGUUUCGCUAUGCAGAUUGGCUUGACAAGCUGUGCAUGGCUCUGGGAACUCUCGCUGCUAUCAUCCACGGAACCCUGCUUCCCCUCCUGAUGCUGGUGUUCGGAUACAUGACAGAUAGUUUUACCCAAGCAGAGACCCGCAUUCUGCCGAGCGUUACUAAUCAAAGUGAAAUCAACAGUACACAGACCGUCAGCGACAGCAGUCUGGAGGAGGACAUGGCCAUGUACGCCUACUAUUACACGGGCAUUGGUGCCGGUGUGCUCAUCGUUGCCUACAUCCAGGUUUCACUUUGGUGCCUGGCAGCUGGGAGACAAAUACACAAGAUUAGGCAGAAGUUUUUCCAUGCCAUCAUGAAUCAGGAGAUAGGCUGGUUUGACGUGAAUGACGCUGGGGAGCUCAACACCCGGCUCACAGAUGACGUCUCCAAAAUUAAUGACGGAAUUGGUGACAAACUUGGAAUGUUCUUUCAGUCCAUAACGACAUUUUCAGCCGGUUUUAUAAUAGGAUUUAUAAGUGGUUGGAAGCUAACCCUUGUAAUUUUGGCCGUCAGCCCUCUUAUUGGGUUGUCAUCUGCCAUGUGGGCAAAGGUACUGACUUCAUUUACUAAUAAGGAACUCCAGGCUUAUGCGAAAGCUGGAGCAGUUGCCGAAGAAGUCUUAGCAGCCAUCAGAACUGUGAUUGCAUUUGGAGGACAAAAGAAGGAACUUGAAAGGUACAAUAAAAAUUUAGAAGAAGCUAAAAGAGUUGGCAUAAAGAAAGCCAUCACGGCCAACAUUUCCAUAGGUAUUGCCUACCUGUUGGUCUAUGCGUCUUAUGCACUGGCAUUCUGGUAUGGGACCUCCUUGGUCCUCUCAAAUGAAUAUUCUAUUGGACAAGUGCUUACCGUCUUCUUCUCUAUUUUAUUGGGGACUUUCAGUAUUGGACAUUUAGCCCCAAACAUAGAAGCCUUUGCAAAUGCAAGAGGGGCAGCCUAUGAAAUCUUCAAGAUAAUUGAUAAUGAGCCAAGCAUUGACAGCUUCUCAACCAAGGGACACAAACCAGACAGUAUAAUGGGAAAUUUGGAAUUUAAAAAUGUUUACUUCAACUACCCAUCACGAAGUGAAGUUAAGAUCUUGAAGGGCCUCAACCUGAAGGUGAAGAGCGGGCAGACGGUAGCCCUGGUUGGCAACAGUGGCUGUGGGAAAAGCACAACUGUCCAGCUGCUGCAGAGGCUCUACGACCCCAUAGAGGGCGAGGUCAGUAUCGACGGACAGGACAUCAGGACCAUCAAUGUGAGGUAUCUGCGGGAAAUCAUUGGGGUGGUGAGUCAGGAACCCGUGCUGUUUGCCACCACGAUUGCCGAAAACAUUCGCUAUGGCCGAGAAAACGUCACCAUGGAUGAGAUAGAGAAAGCUGUCAAGGAAGCCAAUGCCUAUGACUUCAUCAUGAAACUGCCCCACAAAUUUAACACCCUGGUUGGUGAGAGAGGGGCGCAGCUGAGUGGGGGACAGAAACAGAGGAUCGCCAUUGCCCGGGCCCUGGUCCGCAACCCCAAGAUCCUUUUGUUGGAUGAGGCCACGUCAGCCUUGGACACAGAAAGCGAAGCCGUGGUUCAGGCCGCUCUGGAUAAGGCUAGAGAAGGCCGGACCACCAUUGUGAUAGCUCACCGCUUGUCUACAGUGCGCAAUGCUGACGUCAUUGCUGGUUUUGAUGGUGGUGUCAUUGUGGAGCAAGGAAAUCAUGAAGAGCUCAUGAAAGAGAAGGGCAUUUACUUCAAACUUGUCAUGACACAGGAUGAAGAUGUGCCUAUGGUUUCCUUUUGGCAGAUCCUAAAGCUAAAUAUUAGUGAAUGGCCCUAUUUAGUUGUGGGUGUACUUUGUGCUGUUAUAAAUGGGUGCAUACAACCAGUGUUUGCCAUAGUGUUUUCAAAGAUUGUAGGGGUUUUUUCAAGAGACGACGACCAUGAAACCAAACAACGGAAUUGUAACUUGUUUUCCCUUCUCUUUCUGGUCAUGGGAAUGAUUUCUUUUGUUACGUACUUCUUUCAAGGCUUCACAUUUGGCAAAGCUGGAGAGAUCCUCACCAAGCGACUCCGAUACAUGGUCUUCAAAUCCAUGCUGCGACAGGAUAUAAGCUGGUUUGAUGACCAUAAAAACACCACUGGCUCGCUGACUACCAGGCUCGCUAGUGACGCUUCUAAUGUUAAAGGGGCUAUGGGCUCCAGGCUUGCUGUAGUUACCCAGAAUGUAGCAAACCUUGGCACAGGAAUUAUCUUAUCCUUAGUCUAUGGCUGGCAGCUUACACUUUUACUUGUAGUAAUUAUACCACUCAUUGUCUUGGGUGGAAUUAUUGAAAUGAAACUGUUGUCUGGUCAAGCCUUGAAGGACAAGAAAGAGCUAGAGAUCUCUGGGAAGAUCGCUACAGAAGCAAUUGAAAACUUCCGCACUGUUGUCUCUUUGACUCGGGAGCAGAAGUUUGAAACUAUGUAUGCCCAGAGCUUGCAGAUACCAUACAGAAAUGCUUUGAAGAAAGCACACGUCUUUGGGAUCACCUUCGCCUUCACCCAGGCCAUGAUUUAUUUCUCCUAUGCUGCUUGUUUCCGGUUCGGUGCCUACUUGGUGGCACGAGAACUCAUGACAUUUGAAAAUGUUAUGUUGGUAUUUUCUGCUGUUGUCUUUGGUGCCAUGGCAGCAGGGAAUACCAGUUCAUUCGCUCCUGACUACGCGAAGGCCAAAGUCUCAGCAUCCCACAUCAUCAGGAUCAUUGAGAAAAUCCCCGAGAUUGACAGCUACAGCACGGAGGGCUUGAAGCCUAAUUGGUUAGAAGGAAAUGUGAAAUUUAAUGGAGUCAUGUUCAACUAUCCCACCCGACCCAACAUCCCAGUGCUUCAGGGACUGAGCUUCGAGGUGAAGAAGGGGCAGACGCUCGCCCUGGUGGGCAGCAGUGGCUGCGGGAAGAGCACGGUGGUCCAGCUGCUCGAGCGCUUCUACAACCCCAUGGCUGGAACAGUGUUUCUAGAUGGCAAAGAAAUAAAACAACUCAACGUCCAGUGGCUCCGCGCCCACCUGGGCAUUGUGUCCCAGGAGCCCAUCCUGUUUGACUGCAGCAUCACCGAGAACAUCGCCUACGGAGACAACAGCCGUGUCGUGUCUCAUGAGGAGAUCGUGAGGGCCGCCAGGGAGGCCAACAUCCACCAGUUCAUCGACUCACUGCCUGAGAAAUACAACACCAGAGUGGGAGACAAAGGGACUCAGCUGUCGGGCGGGCAGAAGCAGCGCAUCGCCAUCGCGCGCGCCCUCGUCAGACAGCCUCACAUCUUACUUCUGGAUGAAGCGACAUCAGCUCUGGAUACGGAGAGUGAAAAGGUCGUCCAGGAAGCGCUGGACAAAGCCAGGGAAGGCCGCACCUGCAUUGUGAUCGCGCACCGCCUGUCCACCAUCCAGAACGCAGACUUGAUCGUGGUGAUUCAGAACGGCCAGGUCAAGGAGCACGGCACCCACCAGCAGCUGCUGGCCCAGAAAGGCAUCUAUUUCUCGAUGGUUCAGGCUGGAGCAAAGCGCUCAUGAGCUGGGAGUAUUUGAGGUGCUAAGUAUUUCUAAUAUUGGUGUUCAAACAUGGCACGUAACCAAAGUUAAAAGGUUAAAAGCACUGUUAAAGGUAAUUUCAUCAAGACGAGAAGCCUUCAGAGACUUCAUAAUUAAAUGAACCGAAAUUGAAAAAAAAAUCAUUAAACAGGGCCACAUUUUUUAAUUGUAUUAUGUGAUUCAAGAGAACAUAUAGUUUUUUUUAAAAAGAAAUGUGUAGUUUUGUUUCAGUUUUUUUAAUUUCUACCCUAUUCCCUUAAAUGAUCAUAAAGGCUGUAAAAAGCACUAUUUUUUUAAAUUGCCUAUAAAAAUUAAAUUUUCAUAUAAUUGGA